AUGGCGAUUAGAAUUACCUUCACGUAUUCCAGCUAUGUUGCUCGGAAUCUCUCUUCAUCCGCCGGAGCCCGUAUGGGCUCCGGGGAUCUCCGAUCCUGCUAUGAAUUCUGGGUUCGUCCCAGAUUCUUCACCCACAAGCCCGAUCUGGAUAAAUCUCCCGGAUCUAACCCUUGGACCACCGGUUCUAAACCCCGGAUCCGACCCACCUCGAUGUACAGCAGCAUCGCGAAGGAAAUCAUCGGAGAAGGGAGCCAGAGUCCGCUUGUGAUGGGGUUGAUCUCGAUUUUGAAGUCAACGUCGGCUCCUGAGUCGUCGACGUUGAACGUCCUCGGGAUUUCAACCAUCAAGGCUUCUUCUAUCAUUCCGUUUCUUAACGGGUCGAAAUGGAUGAAUCCGUCGGAAACUGAUGUCGUGGACAAGGGAGGAACGUCGUGUGAUGAUGACAAAGAGGUGAGAAAAUUGGUGUUGAGUGAUAAGGAAUCGAGUGGAGGAAACGGAUGGGUUAAUAAGCUUUUGAAUAUCUGUUCGGAUGAUGCAAAGGCUGCUUUCACGGCGGUCACCGUUUCUCUCCUUUUCCGAUCAGCUCUUGCGGAGCCAAAGUCGAUACCUUCCAUGUCUAUGUACCCUACCCUUGACGUGGGUGAUCGUGUUAUGGCCGAGAAGGUCUCAUACUUUUUCAGGAAGCCAGAGGUCUCGGAAAUAGUAAUCUUCAAGGCUCCUCCGAUAUUGCUGGACUAUGGUUACAGUUCCAAUGAUGUUUUCAUAAAAAGGAUUGUGGCAAGUGAAGGUGACUGGGUUGAAGUUCGUGAUGGGAAGCUCUUUGUGAAUGACAUUGUGCGAGAAGAAGAUUUUGUCUUAGAGCCAAUGGCCUAUGGAAUGGAACCAAUGUUUGUCCCCAAUGGUUAUGUUUUUGUCCUUGGAGACAACCGCAACAAAAGUUUUGACUCUCAUAACUGGGGUCCACUUCCAAUAGAGAACAUUGUUGGAAGAUCUGUGUUCCGGUACUGGCCACCGAGCAAAGUAUCAGACACCAUAUACCACGACCAAGGUGACACAAAGGGAGCUGUCGCUGUUUCAUGA